CUAAGCACUAUUAUAGCGCAGCCAGAAAGACUGAAAGAGAGAGCAAACAAACUAAAGUAAAGGAGAGUGUGCGCAACAAGUCUCCUUUAUCAAAUCAAGAAGAGUUUUGUUUUCUGUGAGUGAAACAAACAAACACAAAGAAACACAAGAAUGGAAGAUGUGAUAACUGAAACACCACCACCUUCAAGGUUCUUAGAAGAAGACCUCAACACUUUCACACCACCCUCACCACCACUCCCUUCACCCUUCCUCCUCUUCCCUCACUCCCUCCCACAAAACCAACCCCUCAAACCCACCCUCCUCAUCCUCGCCCUCUCCGCCCCAUCCCUCGCCCUCUUCCACCACCACCGCAACGACAAAACCCUCCUCGCCUCCCUCAUCCUCCCCGAACUCCCCUUCUCCCUCCCCGACAACACCUCCAACAUCCACUCCCUCUCCGCCGCCGACGCACUCCUCGUCUCCGUCCAGUGCCCCGUUGCGGCCGACCGCGCCCACGCCGUCGCCAAGCUCCUCGUCGGAGACCGGAUCCGGCCGGAAUCGGUUCUCGUCCUCGAUUCCGUCGAGCCGCGGAAUUACCGCGGCCGGCUGCCGCCCGAAGAGGCGGUGGCGUUUAAGCUGGAGAGCUCCGCCGAGAGAAAGAGAUCGGAUUUAGAAAAGUUGUUGGAUGGGUCGUUAGAGUAUUACCCGUCCGGAAGCGUCGUUGACGGUUUGGGCGCCGCGAUUCUCGGACGGUGCCAGAUUUUGAAUGUUAGGGCGAGUCUCUGUGUUUCUUGGCCUCAAUUCGAUGCUUCUGUUGUUUCCUUGUUAAAGGGUUUGCUUCAGCGUGGAGUGUUGCGUGGGUUCGAUUUUGGUUCGAGUGGUGAGGUUUUGAGAUUUGGGAGGAGUAAGGAUCCGCUUUUCCGAUCUGACUUGUAUAUUUGAAUUAUGCUGUCUUUUUAUGUAAUUUUCAAUGAUACGAGUUUUUUUCCUUUUUUCUUUUUUCUUUUUGUUCUUUCUUUCUGUAUUUAUGGUUUUAUGUAAUGUUAGGAUGUUUGUGCGUUGUUAUGGUUUAGCCUGUCAAUGAA